AUGGCGACCUGGAGUUGCCGGCCGCGCUGCUUCCUCUACAGGUGCGCCGGCCUGCCAGUGCCGCGCGUGCGCGCGGCAUGCGCGGCCGCGAGUGGAGGUCUUCCAGACCGGUCUGCGCCGCUUCGCGCGCCCGAGCGCAUCUUGCUGGUGCCCUUUGGGUCGAUCGCCUCGGCUGAGGAUGUGCUGCCUGGCCAUUCCCACUUCCACCGCUUCGACGUCUUCAGCCGCUGCUCCAUUGCCGCGCUCAUGUGCUCCCGCAAGCUGCGCCAAGACACGACCUUCCUCGCUGCGCUGGUGAAGCCUUCCUGGACGAGCCGUGUGGGGCAGGCUGUGAUGCAGAGCCUUGCCGGCGAUCCCCCAGAGGCAGCAGGCCCCACGAAGAUUGUCAAGAUCAUCGGCAGCGAAAUCCCGAAAACCCGCGGCGCGUUCAUCCCCACGGAGAGGUGGCUGGCCAAGACCUUCACCUCCGUGCUGGGCAACGCCACCGCCAAGCCCAAGGUGGAGAAGCGCUGCAGGGGCUGGAGCUGCGAGGAGGUGGCAUCGCUGCGAUGCCUCCUGUCUGACCUCGGGAUUCCGGCCAAGGGGGAAAAGGGGGAAAAGGGGGAGAAGGGGGAAAGCAGCAACUCCGAGCCGGGGAAAGUCCUUGCCUUUGUCUUGCAUGAGGAGGCGACGGUGCACAUCCGAGAUGAAGUUGCACGGAUUGAAGGCGAUGCGGCCUCCCGCAUCCUCUUAAUUGUUGGUGACCAGACCGGGCUGACGCGAGAACAAGUCGAGUACCUCGUGUCGGAGUUCGGUGUGGUACCGGUAACCGUCGGAGCAACUCCCCUGCUCACCUCGCACUGCAUCGUCGUGCUGCACCACUUGCUGGAUGAGCGCUGGCCUGCGCAGCUGGCGGUGGCUGGGGCUGAGCCGGAUGAAGACGGAGCAGAGCACGAGAUCGGAUAUAUAGGUGGGCAAAAGGUGCUCCGACUACUCCACUCAAAGCCUCAAGGCUACCCGGCUACCCUUCAAGCCAAGAUAGCUAGCCCUGCAGGUUCAGGGGGAUUCAAGGUUUAG